AAAAGAAAACGAAACAUUAUGACUAAGCCAAAGGUAUUAUUAGUUCUUUACGAAGGUGGUCAUCACGCCAAGGAACAACCAAAGCUCUUGGGUGCCAUCGAAAACGAACUUGGUCUCCGUAAGUUCAUCGAAGACCACGGUUAUGAAUUGGUCCUGACCAUCGACAAGGACCCAGAACCUCAUUCCAAGGUCGACCAGGAGUUGCCCGAUGCCGAAAUUGUCAUCUCCACUCCAUUCUUCCCCUUGUACUUGACCCGUACCCGUAUUGCCAAGUCUCCCAACUUGAAGAUUGCCAUCACUGCUGGUGUUGGAUCUGACCAUGUUGACCUUGAUGCUGCAAAUGAACGCAAUAUCUCCGUAUUGGAAGUCACUGGGUCGAACGUCCAGUCUGUGGCUGAACAUGCCAUGAUGACUAUCUUGACAUUGGUGAGAAACUUUGUUCCUGCCCAUGAUUAUGCGGUUAAUGGUAAGUGGGACAUUGCUGCUAUUGCUAGGGAUGAGUACGAUUUGGAAGACAAGGUUAUUGCUACUGUUGGUGCAGGCCGUAUCGGAUACAGAAUCUUGGAACGGUUGAUUGCUUUUAACCCAAAGAAGUUGUUGUAUUACGACUACCAAGAACUUCCAGCUGAUGCAAUCAAGAAGCUUAAUGAAGCAUCCAAACUUUUCAACGGUGUUGACAAUAUUGUUGAAAGAGUCGAGAACUUGGAAGAUAUGGUUUCUCAAGCUGAUAUUGUUACGAUUAACUGUCCCCUUCAUGACAACUCUCGUGGUUUGUUCAAUAAGGACUUGAUUGCCAAGAUGAAGAAAGGUUCUUAUUUAGUCAACACUGCCAGAGGUGCCAUUUGCGUUGAGCAAGAUGUCGCUGACGCCGUCAAUUCCGGACAUUUGGCAGGAUACGGUGGUGAUGUGUGGUACCCCCAACCAGCACCAAAGGACCAUCCUUGGAGAUCUAUGAAGAAUGCCAACGGUGGUGGUAAUGCCAUGACUCCUCAUAUCUCGGGGACUAGUUUAGACGCUCAAGCCAGAUAUGCUGCUGGUGUUAAGCAAAUCUUGACCGAAUACUUCAACAAGACUUACAAGUAUCGUCCCCAGGAUGUCAUUUGUAUUGAUGGUGACUACGCUACUAAGGCUUAUGGUCAAAGAGAGAAGAAGUAAUCGUUAU